CUGGACUCCAGGUCCACGGAGAAACGUCCAUGGAAACGCCGGGCGUAGACAGUCGGGUUACAGGCUCCGCAGCCGGGGCAGAGCUUCGAUGGAUUGGCGGCAGGCUGCUGGACGCCACGGGGAAGUUUGUUGGGUCUCUUUCGCAGAGAAUGACAGGGGAGCAGAUGUUGCAUCGAGUAACUCCGGAGACCUCGACCUCUGUGGAGGAGCCUGAGAUAGACUAUGAAGGACUGCCUCAAGGAGCCGCCACCAGCACACACAUGCUGGCAGGAUCCGUGGCUGGAAUCAUGGAGCACUGCCUCAUGUACCCCAUCGACUGUGUCAAGACUCGCAUGCAGAGCCUUCACCCGGAGCCGGGGGCACGCUACAGGAACGUGAUGGACGCCCUGCAGCAGAUUGUGCGGACGGAGGGCGUGUGGCGACCAAUCAGAGGGGUGAACGUGCUGGCGGUGGGGGCGGGGCCUGCUCACGCGCUCUACUUCGCCAGCUACGAGAAGAUCAAGUUCUCGCUCAGCGACACCAUCCACCCUGGAGCCAACAGCCACUUUGCAAAUGGAGUGGCCGGUUGCAUGGCCACAGUGCUGCAUGACGUCAUCAUGAACCCAGCCGAAGUUGUGAAACAGCGGAUGCAGAUGUUCAACUCUCCGUACCGCGGCGUGCUUCACUGUGCGGCGUCUCUGUUGAGGCACGACGGGCCGGCCGCGUUCUACCGCAGCUUCACCACCCAGCUGACCAUGAACGUGCCCUUCCAGGCGCUCCACUUCAUGACCUACGAGUACCUCCAGGAGCUGCUCAACCCGCACAGACAGUACAACCCGUCGUCCCACGUCGUGUCCGGCGCGCUGGCCGGAGCCCUCGCCGCCGCCAUCACCACCCCGCUCGACGUCUGCAAGACGCUCCUCAACACGCAGGAGGCUCAGGCCAUACACGUGAUCCGGGCCGAGGCGGCGACGGCCGGCGGGGCGGCGGUGGGAGCGUCCGCCGGCGUCCGGCACAUCUCCGGCCUCGGAGAGGCUUUUCGGACGGUGUACAGGAUGGGGGGGGCGCCGGCCUUCUUCAAAGGCGGCCAAGCCCGGAUCAUCUACCAGAUGCCCUCCACGGCCAUCAGCUGGUCCGUCUACGAGUUCUUCAAAUACAUCAUCACCAAGCGGCAGCACGAGAGGCAGCUGCACGGAGAUCGUGACAGCGACAAAUAAAACAUCUGGCGGUCGAGGAUUUUGGGGUUUCGGGCAAAACGCAACGAGUUUGGAGAGAUCCAGAGUUUAGAUUCUUUGAGCAAACUUUUAUUUUGUUUACUGAGAUCUAUUAACCGAGUUUGAUCUAUUUCAUAGCAGGCGAGGACACGUACGAAUGUUAGGAGACGUCUACUUUAUUAUCGGGGUUAAUGUCCAUUAACAUCCAUCUGACAGAAAACAGGCCUUUAAAUCGCUGACUGGAAGUCCUGGUUCCCUAAACUCGCCCACUGAAUCCUGAUGCUUCAACUACCCAACUCAACGUUAGUCAACGCAGAGACAGUCUAACUGAACUAUGACUCUGAGCUUUAAGGUGUUUACAUUCACUUCCAAUGAACUGUGUAGAAAUUGUAUCUUUUUUUUUUUUAACAUACAAAGGGCUAGAACUCCUACUUUAAUGUCCUAGUUACAAUCCAGUGUGUCUGAGGUCAGAACCAGAACACGGUUCAUCCCGACACAAAUACUGAAGAGCUGCGUCGGUGUUACGACCAUAUCACCUCCUGACCACCGGGGGGCGCACAGCUCAACAGAAACCAGCUGGAGAAUUACAGAAUCGGCAACAUCCAAUUAGUUUGAAUACAAGUGCUGCUGUACAGUAACUAGUACAUCAUGUGGGCGACACAAAGCCUGUAAUAUAUCAUCCUCCUUGUUGUUUAGUUUUGGAUAAAAGAAUCCUCGAGUAUAGAGAGCUCCAGGAACGAGUCCCGAAACACUUCCUGUCCCCUCGUCUUAACUUCGGUGUGUUCUUGGUGAGAUGUCUGAAAUAAGUUCUGUGGUUAACGCCAGCUGAAGAGAUUUUAACGUUUUGUUCUACGAUGUAAAAUACGUCGGUAAACUCCCCUCUGAUGAACUCAGAAGCUUCUACGCGUACUAAAAGACGAUUGCUAACGAGAGUUGAGACGAGUUUAACGUCCUCGUUGGGUUUGCGUCACCAAAGGUUAGUUUAUAUGCGAGCGUUAGCGUUGUACUUCUGCUGAUUACAUUCACACCACGGCGGGGCGAUGUAUUGAUAUUAAACCAAUAUAUUGAUAUUAAACCGAUAUCGUUUUAGAUUUUAUUUAUGGUGAAAAGACAUCAGUGUUCCUGGUUUUAAAGGCUGCGUUGCAGUCGCAUGAUAACAAGAAUCAAAUCCACGUUACUGAUGAUUAUUUAUCAAAAAUCUCAUUUUUUGUGGAAGCACCUGACGAUAUCGAUAUCGUGGUAUUUGGUAAAAAAACGUUAUAUUCUCCAUAUCGACCCAGACCUACACAUUUAAUUUGUGAUCUUGCUGUGAACAAAACGUGAGUUUCAUAAUUGUUUGUUACAGAGUUCAUUUUCUGCAAUAAUCCAAAAUCCUAU